UGGUGGCAGCCUGCGGUGUACGCCCGACAAGGCUCCCUCAAGGAGUCUAUCCCUGUAGGAGGUCCUGGGGAAGUUAGCCACCUGUUGUCAAGUACAACUGUCCCUUAGAGUAAGCGCAGGGUACACGGCAGAAGGGGCUCGUGUUCAGCGACCAGUCGUGGAGGGCUGCUCUGAAGAGGUGGCCUUUGGCAGAGGGAAGAGACUGGCAGGAAGAACAGCUGGCGCGGGCCGCCCUAAUCCAGGAACAAGUCUGACGUGUUUGAAGGGCCGCUCGCUUUCUCCGUGCCAGGCGCUGAGGCUCUGAGACUGGCCACUAACUCCCAGAAGAACCCGUGGGGAAGGCAGGAAAAGUUGCAGAAUGUCCGAAGGGGACAGCGUGGGAGACUCUAUCCACGGGAAGCCUUCAGUGGUGUACAGGUUCUUCACGAGGCUCGGACAGGUUUAUCAGUCCUGGCUAGACAAGUCUACACCUUACACAGCCGUGCGAUGGGUUGUGACGUUGGGCCUCAGCUUCGUCUACAUGAUCAGAGUCUACCUGCUGCAGGGCUGGUACAUCGUGACCUACGCCUUGGGGAUCUACCACCUCAAUCUUUUCAUAGCUUUUCUUUCUCCCAAAGUGGAUCCUUCCCUGAUGGAAGACUCAGACGAUGGGCCCUCAUUGCCUACUAAGCAGAACGAGGAGUUCCGUCCCUUCAUCCGAAGGCUUCCGGAGUUUAAAUUUUGGCAUGCGGCCACCAAGGGCAUCCUGGUGGCCAUGGUCUGCACCUUCUUCGACGCGUUCAACGUCCCGGUUUUCUGGCCCAUCCUGGUCAUGUACUUCAUCAUGCUCUUCUGCAUCACCAUGAAGAGGCAGAUCAAGCACAUGAUCAAGUACCGGUACAUCCCGUUCACGCAUGGCAAGCGGCGGUACAAAGGCAAGGAGGACGCAGGCAAGACGUUCGCCAGCUAGGAACCGGACUGGCUGCCCGCACUGCAAGACGGUUUUGAGCCAUUGUAACAAUGCCUUUUUUCUUCACAUAAAGUAGUUGAUUACAAGGGAGUUUAAUUUUCUUUUUAAAAAGGAGCUUCGGUGAUUUGUCACUGAAAUAUCAGGUUCUUGAAGAAACUGGCAUUUAAACCGAAUCACAUGGAUUGCUCUCUUGUGACCUUCGAGUGUGUCACACGGAUGGAGUCUGCCGACUGCAGGCGGGAGACCAGGCAGGCAGAGGCCCGCGGGAGCCAGGGCGGGUGGCUGGUGGGCCGACACGCGAGACUUCAAGGGAAGACUCGGCCGCUCUCCGCCGGGCUGCCUGCCCCCGUCAUGACCACUCCAGGCCCCCGGGCCGAUGCCGGCUUGACUCCCGGUGUGAGAGAACUUAAAGUUGAAAGGUGGCUUUCAAGUCAUGGGUUCCAAUGCCAGUUUCCUGACUUCAUCUCUCUCGAGAUGUUUCCGGUUGGCCUCUAUUCUGAUGACUCAAAACUUUGUUCGUAACUACCGUGAUUGCUUUGGAGGGCCUGGAAUUAUAAAUAUAUAUUAUAUUUUAAUUGUUUGAGAUUAUUUUGACACAUUUCUUUGAUAUGUGAACUCUGCCUUGUUUUGACGAAGUCUGUUUUGCGCUGGCCCCCAGGGAAGUGGGGCUGGGAAGAGCCGGCCGUGCGUGGCUUCACUCUCAACUUCUUUGCAAGGGUGCAGCACAUGGAACACACCUGCAUGUCGGCUUUUUCGAUGUGAUAAAAUACUCAUAAACAUUUUUCUAAGUGAUUUUUUUAA